ACGGUAUUUGUAAAAAAGGGUUUGACAACGAUGGUACAUGUGUGACGUUUAGGUCUAGAACUCUUUUUGAUAACGAGGCUUUAAUUUCAUCAUAUUUUCUAUUUGUUUUAAUAUCGUUCUAUAUGUGUUCAGUGGUCAGUGGUUGGUAUAGAAUAACAUUGUCAAUGCUGAUUCCUUGGCAUGUUUAGCAAUGGAAAUUGGUGAUACAGAUACCAAAGUUGAAAAUGCUCCUUUGGCAGGCCCAAUUGGAGAAACAACCAACCAUAUCUCAAGCAAAAAGAAAGUAUACUUAAUCUGGAAAAACGUCUUACUUGUAAGCUUGUCGUUUUCAGUCACCUUCAUGUCAUUUGCAUCCCUACAGAAUCUUCAAAGUAGCUUGAAUCCUGUUGGGGGGCUGGGUGUUGCCUCUCUAAGUGUUUCGUACAGCUUGGCUAUAUUGACAGGAAUUUUUGCCUCUUCUAUGAUUGUCAAAAAGAAAGGAUGUAAAUGGAGUCUUAUGGUAUUCACUUUCUGUUAUGCUCCCUUUGCUGCUGCCAACUUGUAUCCAACUUGGUAUACAAUGAUCCCUGCAUCAGUUAUCAUUGGUAUCGCAGCAGGGCCUGUGUGGACUGCCAAAGCCACUUACAUCACAUCUUCUGCACUACAGUAUGUUGACAUCACAGGAGCAGAGAAAGGUCCAGCUAUUACAAAGUUCUUUGGAGUUUUCCAAAUGAUUUUGACAUCUGGAAACAUAAUUGGGAGUCUUCUGAUCUCCAUUGUCCUGAAACCAGAUGGUUCUGAUGCAACCAUUGGCAACAUAACUAAUGCAGAGGAAUACACUUGUGGUGCCGCUGACUGCCCUUCCAAGAAUCAGUGGUCUUCUGCUGCAAAUGGCACAGCAGCUGUAAAAGUUGCAAAUCUUGAAAGUGUGAACAUCUUAAUGGGAAUUUUCUUAGGUGCUGUUGUGCUAGCUGGGCUGAUCUUGGUUCCAAUAGACGAUGUAAAUAGCUCAUCUAAAGAGAAAAGGCAGAAUCAGUCAGUCAAAUCUCAUAUAUUUGCAGUUGCAAAUAUUGUUUAUAGAGAUAAGAGAAUGGCAUGUCUUCUUCCAUUCUGUAUCUAUGCUGGUCUAUCUCCUGGAUUUAUUGCAGUUGAUUUGGCUAAGUCGUAUGUCACUUGUGCCUUUGGUAUUGAAAACCUUGGUUUUGUAUUCACUGUUUUACUAUGUACCCAAACAGUUUCUGCUGGUUUGAUUGGCAAGUUUGAGCAAUACAUUGGUCGUAGAAGUAUCAUCGUCUCUAAUUCUGUUCUGUCGAUGGGACUGCUUGUUUUCUUGCUAAAAUGGCGCGCUUCGUCAUCCCCAGCUUACGUUUUCUAUUUAGUGGCUGCCUGUUAUGGCGUGACCAAGUCCGUAUGGAGGACAGAGUCCAACUCUGUUUGUGGACUAUUCUUUGCUGACAAACAAGAACCCGCUUUUGCCGUGCUUCGUGUCUGCGUGUCCUUUGGUUUUGUGCUGUCAUUUGCAUCAGGCUAUUAUCUGUGUGUUUACAUGAAAAUAUACUUUCAUAUGUUCAUCGUAACAUUAGCACUUAUUGGCUAUGGAAUGGCCGAAUAUUUUGAUCGAAAGAUGCUUAGAAAGGAAAACAUCAAGGAACGACUUGGAUUGCAAAUGAAAGAGAUAUCUUAACAGAGUUAUCAUGCUUGUUACUUACUUCAGGAAUGCUAGAGUAUUUUUCACUAUAAGAGACUGACAGAUUUAGCUGGAUUUUUUGUAUAGUGUUGUAGUGGUGCAUUAAUAGAUAUGUUGUUUUGAGUGUCCUUUACUCAGAUCCAUGUGUGUGGAGUCUUUUAUAUCGGAUUCAAAUAGUAUCGAAUUUUCAAUUUUAGAAUAGAAUUUUAACACCAUUUAGGCUGCUUAAAUUAGAUUUCAUUGUAAAAUAAGCUUUGAUUAAAGAAUAAUCUACAUAGUAGUAUUGAUAUUUAUAUCAUAUUGAUACUGAGAUGAUUUUACAUGCAUAGGUGUUUUUAUCGAACGAUAAUAUCGUCAAGAUAAAGGUAUAGCUGUUCGUUUGUGAAUUAUUUUUUUGAUUUGCGUUGUUCCAUUGCCAACUUUACACCUUAUUGCUGUGAGAAAUUUUUUUUAACUCGUUUAAUUUUGAAAAAAAAAUAUGUGUUCAACUGCACGAAAGAAAUGAAUGUAAAGGAUAUUUUUUCCUUUUUUUAAAUUUAUUAGCUCAAUAUUGAUAGCUGCAGGUGGGUUAAGUUUGUCACAGUUUUUGCAGCAUUUAAGUAACACACCCUUUAUUUUCCAUUAUUUUAUUAUAAGCGAGAUGACAUGCCCCUUUUCAAUACAUUUUACCAUUUUUGGGUAGAUUAGCUGAAUCGCAUUUUCACAACAGUAGGACGAAUAAUUGCCCUGUCCAACCGAUUGGUCCCUCCAAUGCUUGAUUCAAACGAAUCCUUUCCAUAUUUACAUUAUACUUAUUAUACUCGCCGUGGAAUGUCCAACAUUUAUUUGCUGUUUCUAACCUACCUUGAGUUUGCCAGGUGAAUUUCCAUAAAUUUUUGCUAUGUUUUACAAAUACGCAUUUUGAAAAUUGGUCACUAAUUUUGGUUUAAAGAUAAGCAUAAGCAUGAAAAUACCUGUGAGCAGGUAUGAUUAUGAAAUGCCUUAGAGUAUAGCUAUGAGGAAAGAUGCUGCUUCCGAGAAUAAAUUUCGUUAUUUAAUGCUGCUGCAACUUGACAUUGUUUAUGUUAAUAAGCAGAUUUUAUGCAAA